AUGAGGACUAUAGACACACAGAAUCACACCUAUGUGGAACCAACUCAGCGGAUUUUCAAAAUUUUCGAUAUGAAUCCUUUUUACUUCUCUGAGGGAUACAGCUUGCUGAUGAAAUUUCUUCACGAGCUCAACGAUGCUGUUCUGAACGUUAAGACGUGUGACGAUGUGUUUGUAAGUGAAAAUAUCAUCAAGGUUAUCGAUAUGUUGGAUACAAUGAUGAGCUGGAUGGAUCUCUAUCCACCGGAGGACUCGAUGAAUCAGAGAUAUGGAAAUAAGUCAUUUCGGAAGUGGUAUGACCACUUGAUAAAGGAGUUAAAUAGUGUCGUGUCCAACAUACUGCCACAGGAACUGAAACCUGCAUGCUUAGAGUUAUGCGCCUACCUGACGGAUUCGUUCGGGAACUCCACGCGUAUCGACUAUGGGUCAGGUCAUGAAUUGUCAUUUGUCGUUUUUCUUCUCUGCCUGUACCGAAUUGGAUUUUUCACAAACAACGACCAUAAGGCGGUAGUUCUUAAAGUCUUUGUAAAGUAUCUAUAUCUUUGUCGAUCGUUACAAACUACUUAUAAAGUGGAACCAGCUGGUAGUCAUGGUGUACAUUCAAUCGAUGACUUCCAAUUCAUUCCGUUCCUUUGGGGAAGUGCCCAACUUACCAACAAUAAAUCAUUGGUACCUGAAUCGUAUCUGAACCCCUCAACUGUUGAAGCCAAUGCACAUAAAUACCUGUUCUUUGAUUGCGUAAACUUCAUCAACCAGACCAAAACUGGUCCUUUCUAUCAACAUUCUAAUCAGCUAUGGAAUAUAUCUGCGGUUCCUAAAUGGACGAAGGUUAACAGUGGUCUUUUUAAAAUGUAUGAAGGGGAGGUGUUGAAAAAGUUUCCUGUUGUUCAACACCUCCGUUUUGGAUCACUUUUUCCGUUUGAAAAGCGUACCGACACAGACGAUGUGUCUGUUGAACCUCCGACCACUCAAGGAUGUGUAGAGGACAGAACUCCCAGCUCUAAAUCACAUCUUCCAAAAAUAGAAGAAUAG